UAUGUAAAUUUCAUCAUAACGCAUAAAGUUGCAAUAUAUUGUAAUUAUCCCCCAUUAUUCCCGCUGUUACGGACGUACUAAGCUUCGACGUGAUCGUUUCAUGAUGGCUAGGAAUAGAACAAGCAUUAUUUUUCGACAGUUGUUUGACUUGGAGUCAUUUACCUACACUUAUUUACUGGGAUGCCCCAAGACAAGGGUGGCAGUACUUAUUGACCCUGUAGACACUCAGGCAGAGAGAGACAUUAGAAUAACAAAGGAAAUGGACCUUAAACUUAUUUAUGCAAUGUCCUUUUUUUCAAUAUACUAGGUACUUGAGGUGCGUUCCACUCCAGGACACACCAAUGGUUGUGUGACAUAUGUGGAUCAUGCUGGUAGGAUGGCAUUUACUGGUGAUGCCCUUCUGAUAAGAGCUUGUGGAAGAACUGAUUUUCAAGAAGGGAAUCCUGAGACACUGUAUGAGUCUGUAAGGAAUCAGAUCCUCUCUCUACCAGAGGACUACAUGUUGUAUCCAGCACAUGAUUAUCAUGGUGUGACCACUACAACUGUCGGAGAGGAAUUGAAGUAUAAUCCCCGCUUAACCAAAUCUAAGAAGGAGUUUGUAGAAAUCAUGGAACAACUGGGGUUAACAAGGCCAGCUAAAAUGGAUGAAGCUGUGCCUAUAAAUGUCAUGUGUGGCCCAAGCCAACUGGGUGAGUCACAUCAAAGGAUGGAUAAGUGACCCUAAAAAACUGCAGUGGGCCAGACCACCAAGUGGGAAUUGUUGACAUAUGAUAACAAGAAUUCAACCAGCAGGAUUUAAAAAAAAAAAUCAAACUCAGCUUAGCAAUUUAGCAAAGUCAUCGAACAUAGUGGCCAUAAUACCCUAAAAUGGUAUCUUAACACUAACAAAAUGCAUCAUGUUAAAUCAAUUGAAAUAUGCACCAACUUGUCAACAUUCCCCAUUCGAUAUUUACCUUGUUUAAGCCAAGCAAGUUUGAGAUGUUUUAAAACAGAACUCUUCGAAGAACCAACCAAGCUUGGCUCUCAAGGAUUAAGGAAGAA